AUGACUGAUCCUCCAACUCCAACAACAGUGCCGAAAAAAGGUGGUAUCUGGUCAAAAUUAGUCGUAAAUGUCGCUGUUAGCAAAGCAUUCGCUGCGGGUAGUGACGAUCAAUCAAGUUCAAGUUCAGUAGAAAAACAAACAGAAGCUGCUCGACAAAAGGGUACCGUAUGGGAUAUCGUGAGAAAAGCAGACAAAAGCGCUUUGGAAAAUUUAUUAAAUGCUGAUCCAAACAAAGUAAACGAACGGGGUUUUGUUGGCGAAAGUCCACUGCACAUGUUAUUCAUAUAUGGAACAGAAGGACAUUUGGAAUUAGCUCAGUAUGUUAUCGGCAGAUUUCCGGAGUCUGUGACCGCUAUCUAUAACCUAUCGGUUUUCAGUGGACGACCAUGUUAUUAUGGAGAAUAUCCAUUAGCUUUUGCUUGUUGUACGAAUCAAUGGAACAUUGCUGAAAUCUUGUUAGAACAUGGUGCUGAUAAGGACAUGGUUGACAGUAAUGGAAACAACAUAUUACAUCUGCUGGUAAUCCAUAAUUUAUCUGAGAUUUAUGUCAAGUACAAAGCACGUUGGAUUGAAGAUAAUGAAAAAGAAAAAGAAAAAAUGGUCAAUGGCGAAGUGAAAAAGCCGGACGAGGAAGAACAACCUCCGUUGUGGAAACGAUUAAAUAAUGAGAGUUUAACUCCAUUAACUCUGGCAGCUAAAUUAGGAGAAAAAGAUAUGUUUUCAUUUUUGUUAGAAGAACGAAAAAUUGUUCAAUGGCAAUAUGGACCAGUUAGUUGUGUAUUAUACCCAUUAGAUCAGCUCGAUUUAGGAUUACAAGAAGAGGGCAAAGAGACAAACGUUGGGGGUCUCGAAUUAAUCGUGAAUAAUGCUCAUGUUGAGUUGAUUAUGCAUCCAAGGUUAAUUGAUUUAAUUGAUAAAAAAUGGGAGCGAUUUGCUGGCAAAGCAUUUUUUCAACGAUUUAUGGUAGCGUUGAGUUAUCUGCUAGUAUUCAUGCUGACAAUUAUUUUGCAGCAAUGGAGAACAGAGACGACUAUAGGUGAAGGAGAUGAUGCAGAGACCAUUGUCGAAUACCCCACAGGUUUCAUCUAUUACCUGCAUACUAUUGGAAAUUAUUUUGUGCUGGCUGGAGCACUCCACAAAGGAAGAUGUGAAUUUAAUGAAAUGACAAGUGCUGGUAUUAGAAAAUAUUUCAAUGCGACAGGUUCUGGUUUACUUGAAAAUUGUUUAUCGUGUGUAUUUUCGAUAUCCAUCAUUCUGUUUAAUAUUCUUCGUUGGUUUGAUUGGAGUGCUCAAACAGCUGUGUUGGCCCUUGCAUCUAUAGCUGGUUGGGGAUACAUGUUAUUUUUCGUCAUGGCAUUCCGUUUGACUGGUCCAUUUAUCGUCAUGAUUUAUCAAAUGUUGUUCAACGAUGUUCUAAGAUUUUGUAUUAUUUAUAUGGUAUUUUUAGCCGGCUUCUCACAAGCAUUUUUUGUUCUGUUUAAUUUUAACGGUUUUAGCGGAUUUUUACUAAGUCUGAAACAAUCGUUUGUUGGUAUGCUGGGUGAUUUUGAUAUCGAUGCAUACACAGAAACAUCAUUUCAAUAUGUUAGUGUAUCACUGUUGAUUGUUUACGUUGUCGUUGUGACUAUUUUGCUAUUGAAUUUGUUAAUUGCUAUGAUGGGUGAUACUUACGGUAACGUUAUUGAAGGUGCAACACAAAUUUGGCAGUUGGAACGUGCUCGUAUUGUUUAUGCAAUCGAAAAUGAAAUGUCGACCGAAGAUCGUAAUUUGGAUAAGAACAAAUACUGGACGAAUGUUGACGGACAACGAUAUUUGCAAGUAGAAGAAAUUAAUCAUGAGUUUUUCCGAGACAUAAAGAAGAAAAAAAGGGAUGAUGAUGAUGAUGAUGAUGAUGAUGAUAAGAAAGAUGAUUAA